AUGGCAGAGACUACCGAGGAGAAAAACGUGGGAUUGCACCCCACGCCGGAAAGCCAGCACAACAGCGAUAGGGCUCCAAGCAGCGACAGCAGCAUCGCCGAACAUGCGGAUGUCAAUGCGAAAACCCUGUUGCGGAAACUGGACUAUCGACUCUUGCCUCCGCUGACGAUACUGUACUUGCUGUCUUUUCUCGAUCGGAGCAAUGUCGGUAAUGCUCGCUUGAAAGGCAUGGGUACCGAUCUCGACAUGUCAGGAGAUCAGUACCUCACCGGCCUAACGCUAUACUUCAUCGGCUAUGUGUUUGAGAUGUCAUGCAACAUUGUGCUGAAGAAGACCACACCUCGGACCUGGCUGCCUACUCUGACUCUGAUCUGGGGUGUCGUCGCGAAGCUCUGUGGAGUCGUGCAGAACUACGCAGGAUUUCUGGUCUCGCGACUGCCCCUGGGUAUCGCCGAAAGUGGCCUGUUCCCCGGCGUGAUGUUCUACCUAAGCAUGUGGUAUAAACGAAACGAGCAACAUUACCAAGAAAUCGCGCAUAUGCGCGGCGUGGGAGGCUAUAACGACUGGAGAUGGAUCUUCAUCUCGGAAGGCCUUCUCACAAUUGUCAUGUCCAUCGCCGCCUACUGCUGGGUCUUCAACUAUCCCUCGACCGCUGAAUUUCUCACCAACAAGGAGAGGACCUACAUCAAAAACCGUCUCAAGAACGACAGCGACGCCACCCGUAACGAGCAAUUCAGCUGGGAUGCAGUCGGCAACGCCUUCCAGGACCCAAAGGUCUGGCUCUACGGCCUAGCGUUUCACACCUUAUCAUUACCACUAUACAUAUUAACUCUAUUCAUGCCCACGAUAAUCACAACCCUAGGCUACACCUCCGCGCCAGCGCAACUCCUCACCGUGCCUCCCUACGCCUUCGCCUUCCUCAUAACCCUCACAACCGCCAUCCCCUCCGAACGUACCCACCGCCGCGCGCCGUUCAUCCUCGCUGCCGCCACCCUGGCUUUCCUCGCAGCCGCGGGAUUUUACCCGGUCGUGGCGACCAUGCUCGCGUGGCCCGCCAACAACGUCUCCGGACAGUCCAAGCGCGCCAUCGCCAACGCGCUACAGAUCUCCAUCGGGAACCUUGGGGCGGUGCUGGGCACGCAGCUGUAUCGGACAGAGACGAAGCCCCGGUAUUUCUUGGGCCAUGGGUUUGCGCUGGGGUAUUUGGUGGGGAAAUCGGUGGUGGUCACUGUGCUGUGGCGAGUCUUGAAGAGAGAGAACCGGGUGAAGGAGGGAUUGCGCGGGGAUCUUUCUAGGCAGUAUGAAGAAUUCUUUGGGGAUGGAGAUCCGAGGUGGGUGUUUCAGACUUGA